CACUGCCUUUCAUUCUGGCCCGAAGACCAUUGCUCAAGUGUCUUUUGCUGUCCUUGCUACAGUUGAGCUACCGCUUCGAAGACCAGUCGUCGCAGCACUGUAGGUCAAGCUCGUCUGACCUCUCUGCCCUGGACAAGGCACGUGCGCUGGCGCCUCGAGAAGACCAGAAAUAAUCGAGGGUUCAAAUAAAGCGUGCCUCAACCCCCCCUACCCAACACUGCCCUCUUCUUCAGCAAAAACCAUGUCGGGAACAGGUGCACCACUGGACAUUGUAGCUCUGCGGAAGCGGUACGCGGCCGCGGGGCAGGAGCACCUCUUUCAAUUCUGGGACGACCUGGACCCGGCGUCGCAGGGCACGCUGGCCAAGCAGCUCACCGAGCUCGACAUCGAGCGCGUCAAUGCCGUGUAUGCGCGCGCCAUCGAGGGCGAAAAGGAGGCCGCACAGCUGGCCGGGAAACGCGCACAGCUCGAGGCUCCCCCACGGCAGAGUACCGUCUCGGUCCAGGCGGGUAGCGACGAGGAAAAGAGGCUUGCUGCCGUGGGCCUCGACGCCAUCGCCAGCGGCAAGGUCGGCGUGCUCCUCAUGGCCGGUGGACAGGGCACGCGGCUGGGAUCGAGUGCACCCAAGGGCUGCUACGACAUUGGGCUCCCGUCGCACAAGAGCCUGUUCCAGCUCCAGGCCGAGCGCAUCGCCCGGCUGCAGAAGCUCGCGGCCCAGCGGGCGGGCAAGCCAGAGAACAGCGUCGCCAUCACCUGGUUCAUCAUGACGUCGGGCCCCACGAGGAAGCCCACCGAGGCCUUCUUCCAGGAAAAGAGCUAUUUCGGACUCCAACAGGACAACGUCAUCUUCUUUGAGCAGGGCACGCUGCCCUGCCUGACAAUGGACGGCAAGGUGAUGUUGGACUCGCAGAGCAGUGUCGCCAAUGCGCCUGACGGCAACGGUGGCCUCUACUCAGCCCUGCGCCGACCUGUCGGCGCGGCGAGGCAGGACACCGUCGUGUCGCUGCUCCAGUCCCGCGGCAUCGAGUAUCUGCAUGCAUAUGGGGUGGACAACUGCCUCGUCAAGGUCGGCGACCCCGUCUUCUUGGGCUGCUGCAUCGAGAAGCAGGUCCAGGCCGGCGUCAAGACUGUUCGCAAGACGGAGCCCAAGGAGAGUGUCGGCGUCGUGGCCAAAAAGGACGGCAAGUGGGGCGUGAUCGAGUACAGCGAGAUUCCACGGGAGCUCAGCGAGGCGCGCGACGCCGAUGGCCAGCUCACCUUCCGCGCCGCCAACAUUGUCAACCACUUUUACACGACGUCCUUUCUCGCAAAGGACGUGCCCUCGUUUGAGGCCGAGAUGGCCUUCCACAUUGCUCGCAAGAAGAUUCCCUGCGUGGACCUCUCGAGCGGCCAGACGACAAAGCCCUCGACGCCCAACGGCAUGAAGCUCGAGCUCUUCAUCUUUGAUGUAUUUCCCUUUGUGAAGGACCUCGUUGUCCACGAGGUCGAGCGCAACGUCGAGUUCAGCCCGCUCAAGAAUGCGCCGGGCACGGGCACCGACGACCCGCAGACGAGCAAGCGGGACCUGCUCAGCCUUCAGCGCAGGUGGCUCCAGGCCGCUGGCGCCACCGUCGCAGAUGAGGGAGCUGGCAUCGAGGUGGAAGUGAGCCCGCUAGUCAGCUACGGCGGCGAGGGCCUCGAGGGCGUCAAGGGAAAGACAUUUGACAAGACGCAGAUGAUUGACUAGUUGUUUUAUUGAUAUCGUCAAAUGCAUCCCCUCUCCUUUGGCAAAUACGAUAGAAACAAUAUCUAGAAGGGUAGUGAAUGGAAGGCUUAGGAAACCUUGUGGAA